CUGGGGGCUCCGGGCUCGCGCUCCUCUCCUCUCCUCUCCUCUCCUCUCCUCGCGCUCGCGCUCGCGCUCUCUUUCCCUCUCGGCUGUUGUUCGGUGCUUGGAGCCAGCGGAGGCGGCGGCGGCGGCGGGAGCAGCAGCAAGCAGCAGCAGCGGCGGCGGCGGCUGCAGGAGCAGAGCGGACUGCGGGCGCACCGGGGGGCACGCCAACUGCACACACACAGGCAGGCGCUCUGCAAUGAAACACUAAGCGCAUCCCCCGGAUUCUCCAGCAAGACAACAUCUGGUUUUAGUUGCUUCUGGCUCUUGGACGAAACAGCUGCUUUAUCAUCCUUCAACAGAUUUCUGGACUGAUUGGCUGAGACCUUUGCAUGGCUACUGGACAGCUUCCAUAUGCUUUAAAGGUAAUUUUGGAGAACCGGAUUUUUUACAUGAACUGAGAAUUUAGCCAUUCUGAGGGGGAGCCUUCAAAUCACCUAGAAAAAUGGUGGCCUUGUCAUUAAAGAUCUGUGUCCGCCACUGCAAUGUAGUGAAGACUAUGCAGUUUGAACCAUCCACAGCAGUGUAUGAUGCAUGCCGAGUCAUUCGGGAGCGGGUCCCUGAGGCACAAACUGGACAAGCUUCUGACUAUGGCUUAUUCCUAUCGGACGAGGAUCCCCGGAAAGGCAUUUGGCUGGAAGCAGGCAGAACGUUGGACUACUACAUGCUGCGGAAUGGGGAUAUUUUGGAAUAUAAAAAGAAACAAAGACCUCAGAAAAUACGGAUGCUGGAUGGAUCAGUGAAGACAGUGAUGGUGGAUGAUUCUAAAACUGUUGGGGAAUUACUGGUCACGAUUUGUAGCAGGAUAGGUAUAACCAAUUAUGAAGAAUAUUCAUUAAUUCAAGAUAUAAUUGAAGAGAAGAAAGAAGAAGGAACGGGUACGCUCAAAAAAGACAGAACACUACUUCGAGAUGAAAGAAAGAUGGAGAAGCUAAAGGCCAAACUUCACACUGAUGAUGAUUUAAAUUGGCUAGAUCAUAGUCGAACCUUCAGAGAACAAGGAGUCGAUGAAAAUGAAACAUUGCUGCUUAGACGGAAAUUCUUUUAUUCAGACCAGAAUGUAGAUUCAAGAGAUCCUGUACAGCUGAAUUUGCUUUAUGUUCAGGCUCGAGAUGAUAUCCUGAAUGGUUCCCAUCCAGUCUCCUUUGAGAAAGCUUGUGAGUUCGGUGGAUUUCAAGCCCAGAUACAGUUUGGACCUCAUGUAGAACAUAAACAUAAACCUGGAUUUUUAGAUCUAAAGGAAUUUCUGCCCAAAGAAUACAUCAAGCAAAGAGGAGCUGAAAAGAGAAUAUUUCAGGAGCACAAAAACUGUGGUGAGAUGUCGGAAAUAGAAGCCAAGGUGAAAUAUGUAAAACUGGCACGUUCUCUCCGGACGUAUGGUGUCUCCUUUUUCCUCGUGAAGGAAAAGAUGAAGGGUAAGAAUAAAUUGGUCCCCCGAUUGCUGGGCAUCACUAAGGACUCAGUGAUGCGAGUGGAUGAAAAGACCAAGGAAGUCCUGCAAGAGUGGCCCCUUACUACGGUCAAGCGGUGGGCAGCAUCGCCCAAGAGCUUCACUCUGGAUUUUGGAGAGUAUCAGGAAAGUUAUUAUUCUGUACAAACAACUGAAGGAGAGCAGAUAUCUCAACUUAUUGCGGGCUAUAUUGACAUCAUCCUCAAGAAGAAACAAAGUAAAGAUAGAUUUGGAUUAGAGGGAGAUGAGGAGUCAACGAUGUUAGAAGAAUCUGUUUCCCCUAAAAAGUCCACCAUCCUACAGCAGCAGUUCAACCGAACAGGGAAGGUGGAGCAUGGCUCCGUGGCACUACCAGCUGUCAUGCGCUCUGGCUCCAGUGGACCAGAAACCUUCAACAUUGGCAGUAUGCCCUCUCCACAGCAGCAGGUCAUGGUUGGCCAGAUGCAUCGAGGACACAUGCCUCCAUUGACGUCAGCACAGCAGGCCCUGAUGGGAACAAUUAAUACAAGCAUGCAUGCGGUUCAGCAAGCUCAGGCAGACCUCAGUGAAGUUGAUAACCUACCACCUCUUGGACAAGAUAUGGCCUCCAGGGUAUGGGUUCAGAACAAAGUCGAUGAAUCAAAACAUGAAAUCCACUCUCAGGUUGAUGCUAUCACGGCUGGAACAGCUUCAGUUGUUAACCUCACAGCUGGUGACCCCGCAGACACCGAUUAUACUGCUGUGGGCUGCGCAAUCACAACCAUCUCUUCCAACUUGACGGAAAUGUCCAAGGGUGUGAAACUCCUGGCAGCCCUCAUGGAUGAUGACGUGGGCAGUGGAGAAGACCUCCUUAGAGCGGCCCGGACAUUAGCUGGUGCAGUGUCAGAUUUGUUAAAGGCUGUGCAGCCCACUUCUGGAGAGCCUCGACAGACUGUGUUGACUGCCGCCGGAAGUAUUGGUCAAGCCAGCGGGGAUCUUUUGAGACAGAUUGGAGAGAAUGAAACAGAUGAACGAUUCCAAGAUGUACUAAUGAGUUUAGCCAAAGCCGUUGCUAAUGCUGCUGCCAUGCUGGUGCUGAAAGCAAAGAAUGUUGCCCAGGUGGCAGAGGAUACCGUUCUGCAGAACAGAGUGAUCGCUGCUGCAACCCAGUGCGCCCUCUCUACCUCCCAGCUGGUGGCAUGUGCUAAGGUAGUGAGCCCUACCCUCAGCUCCCCGGUAUGCCAGGAACAACUGAUAGAAGCUGGAAAACUUGUGGACCGUUCAGUGGAAAACUGCGUCCGAGCCUGCCAGGACGCCACGGAUGAUAGUGAGCUCCUGAAGCAGGUCAGCGCAGCAGCCAGUGUGGUCAGUCAGGCCUUACAUGACCUCCUGCAGCAUGUGCGGCAGUUUGCCAGCCGAGGGGAGCCGAUUGGACGCUAUGACCAGGCAACUGACACCAUCAUGUGUGUUACAGAGAGCAUCUUCAGCUCGAUGGGGGAUGCUGGUGAAAUGGUUAGGCAGGCCAGAGUCCUCGCUCAGGCUACCUCAGACCUUGUCAACGCCAUGAGGUCAGAUGCUGAGGCUGAAAUCGACAUGGAGAACUCCAAAAAGCUUCUGGCAGCUGCGAAGCUCCUGGCCGACUCCACCGCCCGCAUGGUUGAAGCUGCAAAGGGUGCUGCUGCUAACCCAGAAAAUGAAGAUCAGCAACAGAGACUGAGGGAAGCUGCUGAAGGCCUCCGUGUAGCAACCAAUGCAGCUGCUCAGAAUGCUAUCAAGAAAAAAAUUGUCAACCGGUUAGAGGUUGCAGCAAAACAGGCUGCAGCUGCUGCUACUCAAACAAUUGCAGCAUCCCAGAAUGCGGCUGUUUCCAACAAGAACCCAGCGGCACACCAACAACUUGUCCAGAGCUGCAAGGCAGUGGCUGAUCAUAUUCCUCAGCUGGUCCAAGGGGUAAGGGGAAGCCAAGCUCAAGCAGAAGAUCUCAGUGCUCAGCUAGCUCUCAUCAUUUCCAGCCAGAACUUCCUCCAGCCGGGAAGCAAAAUGGUGGCCUCUGCCAAGGCUGCGGUUCCUACCGUCAGUGACCAAGCUGCGGCUAUGCAACUGAGCCAGUGUGCCAAGAACCUUGCGACCAGCCUAGCGGAGCUAAGGACUGCCUCCCAAAAAGCACAUGAAGCCUGUGGCCCAAUGGAAAUCGACUCUGCUUUGAACACUGUACAGACUCUCAAAAAUGAACUACAGGAUGCCAAAAUGGCGGCUGUGGAGAGUCAACUAAAACCACUCCCUGGAGAAACUCUUGAAAAGUGUGCUCAGGACCUAGGAAGUACCUCCAAAGCUGUGGGGUCCUCAAUGGCCCAGCUGCUGACUUGUGCUGCUCAAGGCAAUGAACACUACACAGGGGUGGCUGCAAGAGAGACAGCACAGGCUUUGAAAACUCUGGCCCAGGCAGCUCGAGGAGUAGCAGCAUCUACCAACGAUCCUGUGGCAGCUCAUGCUAUGUUGGACUCAGCCAGAGAUGUGAUGGAGGGUUCUGCCAUGCUCAUUCAGGAAGCUAAGCAGGCCCUGAUUGCCCCUGGAGAUGCAGAAAGUCAACAGAGACUAGCUCAGGUGGCCAAAGCUGUCUCACACUCUUUGAACAAUUGUGUGAAUUGCCUCCCGGGACAGAAGGAUGUGGACGUGGCCUUGAAGAGCAUUGGCGAGUCCAGCAAGAAGCUGCUUGUUGAUUCACUACCACCAAGUACCAAACCUUUCCAGGAAGCCCAAAGUGAACUGAACCAGGCUGCAGCUGACCUCAACCAGUCAGCAGGGGAAGUAGUCCAUGCCACUCGGGGACAGAGUGGAGAACUAGCAGCUGCCUCUGGAAAAUUCAGUGAUGACUUUGAUGAAUUCCUUGACGCUGGUAUUGAAAUGGCUGGCCAAGCUCAGACUAAAGAGGACCAGAUUCAAGUGAUAGGGAACCUGAAGAAUAUCUCCAUGGCAUCCAGUAAGCUGUUGCUAGCUGCUAAAUCUCUCUCCGUUGAUCCAGGGGCCCCUAAUGCAAAAAAUCUCUUAGCAGCCGCUGCAAGAGCUGUGACAGAAAGCAUUAACCAACUCAUCACACUGUGUACCCAGCAAGCACCAGGCCAGAAGGAAUGCGACAAUGCCCUCAGGGAACUUGAGACUGUUAAGGGAAUGUUGGAUAAUCCCAAUGAACCUGUUAGUGACCUCUCUUAUUUUGACUGCAUUGAGAGUGUAAUGGAAAAUUCCAAGGUGCUGGGUGAGUCAAUGGCAGGAAUAUCUCAAAAUGCCAAGACAGGUGACCUUCCUCUAUUUGGAGAAUGUGUGGGAAUCGCAUCCAAAGCCCUCUGUGGACUCACAGAAGCUGCAGCUCAGGCUGCUUACCUAGUUGGCAUCUCUGAUCCCAACAGCCAGGCUGGCCACCAGGGUCUUGUAGAUCACAUCCAGUUUGCCAGGGCUAAUCAGGCGAUCCAGAUGGCUUGUCAGAACCUGGUGGAUCCAGGCAGCAGCCCAUCACAGGUUUUGUCAGCUGCUACAAUUGUUGCCAAGCACACCUCUGCCUUGUGUAAUGCCUGUCGCAUCGCUUCAUCAAAGACAGCCAACCCAGUGGCCAAGAGGCAUUUUGUUCAGUCAGCAAAGGAGGUCGCCAACAGCACGGCCAACCUGGUAAAAACCAUCAAGGCUCUGGAUGGAGAUUUCUCUGAAGACAAUCACACUAAGUGUCGAAUUGCAACUGUGCCCUUGAUUGAAGCGGUUGAAAAUCUGACAGCAUUUGCUUCCAACCCUGAAUUCGUCAGCAUUCCAGCCCAGAUAAGCUCUGAGGGAUUUCGGGCACAGGAACCUAUCCUAGUGUCAGCUAAGACCAUGUUGGAGAGUUCAUCUUUCCUGAUCAGGACUGCUCGCUCUUUGGCCAUCAAUCCUAAAGACCCACCCACCUGGUCUGUCCUUGCUGGACAUUCUCAUACUGUAUCAGAUUCAAUCAAAAGCCUCAUCACUUCCAUUAGGGAUAAGGCUCCAGGCCAGAGAGAGUGUGACUAUUCCAUCGAUGGCAUCAAUAGGUGCAUCCGAGAUAUUGAGCAGGCCUCUCUGGCUGCAGUCAGUCAGAACCUGGCCACAAGGGAUGACAUCUCUGUAGAGGCUUUGCAGGAGCAGUUGACAUCAGUGGUCCAGGAAAUUGGGCACCUUAUCGAUCCCAUUGCUACAGCAGCUCGAGGAGAAGCAGCCCAACUAGGACACAAGGUCACACAGCUGGCGAGUUACUUCGAACCAUUGAUCUUAGCUGCAGUUGGUGUUGCAUCUAAGAUUCUAGAUCAUCAACAACAGAUGACAGUAUUGGACCAGACCAAGACGCUAGCAGAAUCUGCUCUACAGAUGUUGUAUGCUGCCAAAGAAGGUGGAGGCAACCCCAAGGCACAGCAUACCCAUGAUGCCAUCACAGAGGCUGCCCAGCUGAUGAAAGAAGCUGUGGAUGAUAUUAUGGUCACCCUGAAUGAAGCUGCUAGUGAAGUCGGAAUGGUGGGAGGAAUGGUGGAUGCAAUUGCAGAUGCGAUGAGCAAGCUGGAUGAAGGUACUCCUCCAGAACCAAAGGGAACUUUUGUUGACUACCAGACAACAGUGGUGAAAUAUUCCAAAGCUAUUGCUAUAACUGCACAAGAAAUGAUGACUAAGUCGGUUACUAACCCGGAGGAGUUGGGAGGACUUGCUUCACAAAUGACCAGUGACUAUGGGCAUUUGGCUCUCCAGGGCCAGAUGGCAGCAGCUACAGCUGAACCAGAAGAGAUCGGAUUCCAGAUCCGGACCCGUGUUCAGGAUCUCGGCCAUGGCUGUAUCUUCCUUGUCCAGAAGGCUGGAGCUCUUCAGGUCUGUCCCACUGACAGUUACACCAAGAGGGAGCUGAUAGAGUGUGCCCGCUCAGUCACCGAAAAGGUUUCUUUGGUUCUGUCUGCCCUCCAAGCAGGGAAUAAGGGGACUCAGGCUUGCAUCACCGCGGCCAGUGCUGUGUCGGGCAUCAUUGCUGAUCUGGACACGACCAUCAUGUUUGCAACAGCUGGGACCCUCAACGCUGAGAACAAUGAAACCUUUGCAGACCACAGGGAGAAUAUUUUGAAGACAGCAAAGGCCUUGGUGGAGGAUACAAAACUACUGGUGUCAGGGGCUGCUUCAACUCAAGAUAAACUGGCCCAAGCAGCCCAGUCAUCAGCAGCUACCAUCACCCAGCUUGCCGAGGUGGUGAAGCUAGGAGCAGCCAGCCUUGGUUCUGACGAUCCUGAGACCCAGGUGGUACUGAUCAAUGCCAUCAAAGAUGUGGCCAAGGCCCUUUCUGAUCUUAUUGGUGCUACUAAAGGAGCUGCCAGCAAACCAGCUGAUGAUCCAUCCAUGUACCAACUCAAGGGUGCAGCCAAGGUGAUGGUAACAAAUGUCACAUCUCUCCUCAAGACAGUGAAAGCCGUGGAAGAUGAAGCCACCAGAGGCACAAGGGCUCUGGAAGCCACCAUUGAGUACAUAAAACAAGAGCUCACGGUAUUUCAGUCAAAGGAAGUACCAGAAAAGACAUCAUCACCUGAAGAAUCGAUAAGGAUGACGAAAGGCAUCACUAUGGCAACCGCCAAAGCCGUGGCAGCUGGGAACUCGUGCAGACAGGAGGAUGUGAUUGCUACUGCAAAUCUGAGCCGAAAAGCAGUGUCUGACAUGUUAACAGCUUGUAAGCAAGCUUCAUAUCAUGCUGAUGUUGCUGACGAUGUGAGAGCCCGAGCCUUGCGCUAUGGAACUGAAUGUACCUUGGGAUACCUGGAUCUCCUGGAACAUGUUCUUGUGAUCCUUCAGAAACCAACGCCAGAGCUAAAGCACCAGCUGGCCGCUUUCUCUAAGCGAGUGGCAGGUGCAGUGACUGAGCUAAUCCAGGCGGCGGAAGCCAUGAAAGGUACGGAGUGGGUAGAUCCGGAAGACCCAACAGUCAUUGCCGAAACUGAAUUACUGGGGGCUGCAGCAUCAAUUGAGGCUGCUGCUAAGAAGUUAGAGCAACUGAAACCAAGAGCUAAACCGAAACAAGCAGAUGAGACUCUGGAUUUUGAAGAGCAGAUCUUAGAAGCAGCCAAAUCCAUUGCAGCAGCCACGAGUGCCCUCGUCAAGUCAGCAUCCGCAGCCCAGAGAGAGCUAGUGGCCCAGGGAAAGGUUGGCGCAAUCCCCGCAAAUGCUGCUGAUGACGGACAGUGGUCUCAGGGACUAAUUUCUGCUGCCAGGAUGGUGGCAGCAGCAACCAGUAACCUGUGUGAAGCCGCCAAUGCCUCUGUUCAGGGCCAUGCCAGUGAGGAAAAGCUGAUCUCAUCUGCUAAGCAAGUUGCAGCUUCCACGGCCCAGCUGCUUGUAGCUUGUAAAGUGAAGGCUGACCAGGACUCAGAGGCCAUGAGGAGACUACAGGCUGCAGGAAAUGCUGUGAAAAGAGCAUCUGACAAUCUUGUUCGUGCAGCACAGAAAGCAGCCUUUGGCAAAGCUGAUGAUGACGACGUGGUGGUGAAGACAAAGUUUGUGGGCGGCAUUGCUCAGAUCAUCGCUGCCCAAGAGGAGAUGCUGAAGAAAGAGCGGGAGCUAGAAGAAGCGAGGAAAAAGCUGGCUCAGAUCCGCCAGCAGCAGUACAAGUUCCUCCCCACAGAGUUGAGAGAGGAUGAGGGCUAAGCUCCUGCGCUGAGGCUUGAGAGCCCAAGGGGACACUAGAGAGAGAACCUAAGUGAUGUCAUCCUGAUGGGCCAUGGGCUUACUGGAAACUGCCUGCGGGUGCUAAGAAUGAGCCCCAGACAAACGUGUGUGCGCGUGCUCUCAUUCAUCUGUACAGCCGAAGCUGCAUGAUCGUGUCGUCCCCACCCACCAUUCUUCUCCCUGCUCUUCCCCUUCCUCGUUCACUGUAUCUCAGGAGAGGACGCACGUUUUAUGAACUGUUACCCUCCCCUACCCGCUCCCCCCCCCCAAAAUCAGUAUUAUGUCACUCUCUGACGCUCGGAUUUUGUCCAUCCUUCCUCCUGGCCUGUUGUCGGGGUCUUUGGGGGAAUCUGAAUAGGAAAAGUUGCUCAUGUCAUAGGUAUCUACCACUAUGGAGCAAAUGAUUCUUCUCUUCUACAGAGAAGAUGGCAGACGUGGUUUGGACACAGUGUGGACUCCAGGAGGGGGAUACGUGUCCCCUGCUUUUGUGUUUGGGUAAUUAACUCACCUCAGAUUUUUGGAGAAUCGUUGCUCCCAAUUGCACUAAUCUGUGGGUCUGUUCUCGCCCCUUCUCUAUCAUCUACUUGUAUGAUAUGUACCGACUAUAUAUUCUGUGGCCCAGGAAGUGAAAUAUUGGUUUUUGUUUUUGUUUUUUGUUUUUUCUCUCCAGAACUCCAGUGGGCUAAGGAAAAGGAGGCCUGUCAGACCUUGGGAAGCAAGUUUCUGUAAUAAAACAUGCAUGCUUAGUUACUCUUCUGAAACUACUUAGGUUGGCACAAAUUCAUACACACAAAUACACCCAUCCAUUCUCUAGUUAAGGUCCAGUAAUUAGGAAGUCAUCUCUUACUUAAAGAUGACUUUGAGGCAUUCAUCCAGAAUGGAUGAAUUGCUCAGUGCCUCCUCAUUCAUCUUCUCCUACCCCCUGGGCUUUCCUUUAUAUCAAAAAUACUGUAUUCUCAGGAGAAGUGAGUCUCCAGAUUCAGAAAUCCAAUUGUUUAGAUAAGUUGAGGUGAAAAAAUAACUCACAAGCUCCAACUCCUUGACUGAGCAUCAGUAAAAAACAGUUUGUCAUAUUGGAACUUUCUAGAUCUUUCUCCUUGUUAUUUUAAUGUCCUCUGGUACUCCCCCUCACCUACUACUUUUUGGAAUUUUUUUUAGUGCAGUGCUUCAUAAGGUACUUCACCUUUUCCCUAAAUUCCCAAGAAUAUUCUGAUGCUACUAUUAAAUAAGGUACAAGUAAGAUGAGCCAGUUAUCCCAAGCAGAGUCCUUUGUAAAUUUUACGGAGGGAGAUGGUUUCCAGAAGCUGCUAGUCGGACAAAGCUCUCACCCUCUGCCUCUUUCCUGGAGAGUGUUAGCUCUAUUUCCUUCUCCUUCCUUGCUAUCAUUGGCUCUGUGUGGUAUGGAUUGGAAAGUCCACUUAGGAUGGGAAAAGAUGGUCUUUCCAGCCUUCAAAAGGCUUCACUUAUAGAUUGCAAUAUCUUUCCAGAUGAAUCAGUUAGAGGGCAGACCCCAGUCCUAGCCCAUUCAUCUUGCCAUCCUUGCUCCUGAAACCUUGCUAAUUGGACUUAGGAGCAAUCUCAUAGUAUUCAAGUACCAUUUAGCUAUUGAAGACUUCCCCUAUUUAAGAGACUUGCAUGCACUAUACAUAUCAGGGAAGUUUUUUUUAGAUACUAGUAGAAACUUAAAGAUAAUAGUGUCCAGGUUGUUUUUGGUUUUGUUUUAACUUGAGAAUGUGUCCAGGGAAUUGGGUUAAGAAGGCAGUGGACUUGGGGCAGCUAGGUGGUGCAGUGGAUAGAACACUGGCCCUGGAUUCAGGAGGACCUGAGUUCAAAUCCAGCCUCAGACACUUGACACUUACUAGCUGUGUGACCCUGGGCAAGUCACUUAACCCCAACUGCCUCACAAAAAAAAAAAAGAAGAAGGCAGUGGACUUACCAAUUCCCCAGAUUCAAGGAAUAGAUAGAACUGUGGCAUCUCAGGAAAAAGGUGGAGAGCUCAUGGAGUGUAGCAGCUGGUCUUUGUGGAAGCUGCCUGGAACUUGCCCCCAUCCCUGAACCCCUCCAGGGCUCCCCUUGAGGGACACACCCCUUGCUGUGUUCCUGCCUCCCACAUGUGAUGAUGACAAAGGAGAAGACUCUUCUUCAGGUCAUGCAGCUUAGUGAGAGGAGCCUAGGACAUCAAUGGAUGUUUCCUGAUGUAUUGACAUUAGGGGAUGAGCAGAAAAGAAUAGAUAGAAAGCCAAAACCCUUUGCAGCUGUGAGGAACGGGAAAGAAAGACAAAGUUUAUUUUUGUAGAGCCAAAAUAUCCCCUCUGUCAGGGUUGGCUGCUGCUGUUACCCUUCUGGAUGCUGUUUUCAGUAUAUACUUACUAUGCCAUGUAGUGAAGCCUUAGCUGCUCUUUUCCUCAUUUAGCAUGUGCUCACACACAACACACACACACACAUAUGCACGCACACACGUGUAACCUCAUUUUGGGCAAUCAGAUGUGGACUUUGUUUUAUCCAUAAAAUGGUAUGUGGCUUGGUAGUAGCUUUGGACAUUUUUUAAUAGUUGUUCCCGCUAGUUCUCAGCUCUUAGAUUUUUAAGAGAGCAUCUUCCUUUAGCUAAAAUUCAGUUUUCUGAAGGGUGAUAUCCCCAAACACAAAUGUGUUUCAGGAAAUCAAUUUCUUUUCAUAGGAUCAGAGAUAUAUGGGGGUGUCCAUCUUUUGUGUGUGUGUCCUGAACCCCUUUGUCAUUUUGAAACCUAUAGACCCCUUCUCAGAUUAAUGUUUAUUAAAUGCAUAAAAUAAAAUAUAUAGGAUUCCACAGGAAACCUAUUAUAUUGAAAUAUAAUUAUAAAAGUAUUUUUUUAAGUUCACAACCCAAGUUAAAACCCCCCAUUUAGUCUAAUCUCUUGCCCCUUGUUUUACAUAAAAAAUUAAGGCCUAAAGAGGGAGAGAUGAAAUUAUUUGAUAAAAAUCACAUAGCCAGUAAGUGAUAGUAGGUGCUCAUAUCCAGGUUUGCUGAUUUCAAAUCCAGUGCUGACUGAUUUAUCAUCAAGGGGAUGAUAAAUCAAGGGUGUCCAAAUUCAAUAAAGAGAUAUAAAUAAGGUUAAAUUGCCUAUUAAAUGUGGGAUAUGGUAGUCAUUGCCUUUUUUUCUUAUGCUAGGAACUAGAAUCUUUACUUGGAUCCCCAGGGCCUAAAGGCCUGCUAAGAAGAACUGUUGCUAAGUUUUAGGGGAGUCACUUUGCAGUGAACACAGGGAAACUAGCAACCUAGUCUUUCUCUUUGUAAAAUGAUCUCCCAGUGCUCCAAAACUGAUAUGUGUGCAGAGAUUAAACUGGCCAGUAGAAUACCCAAGGCAUCUGAUUUCCUUAAAAGCCGUUUGAGCAAAGGGCUAAAGCAUCCAGGAGUCAUAGGUGCUAAGUGUUUUAUCUUUAGUCAUAGACCAUUAUUACCAACUCAUCUCCUAAUCAGCAGUGACACCAGGCGUGACUGCAGAAAAUGGGGGAAAACUGGAAGCUCAUUGAGUGUAGCUUUUUGAAAUUUCAACUGUGACAAGGUGAAAGGAUUCUAGAUGAGCCAACAGUGGCAUGUCCUGGAUCUCUGUUCUGCUUAGGGUACAGCCUAAGAAGUACACAUCCCUUAACUUCUUUCCAUGCUCAUUUCAUAGAAAUCAUGAGACUUGCAGAAUUGAAAUCUUAUGGCUUCUUGUAUUUGCAAGUAUUGGUUUUCUGGGAGUGUUUUUCUGUGAAUACUCACAUGGUGAGUUUAUGGACAAAACAAAUUUACAAUCUCUGCCACCACCAACAAAUGGGGAAAAAAAAACACAAAAAAUCUAUGAAAACUUUUAAAAUUUGGGUUCUGUUGUAUGUAAUACUUUGAUCUAUCAGAUUUACAAUUACAUUUUUUAAAUGUCCCUCCUGUGUGUGUGUGUGAGAGAGAGAGAGAAAGAGAGAGAGAGAGAGAGAGAGGGGGGGGGGCAUAUGCAGAAUUGCCAGCUGGUACCAUGGACUAAGGUGCUUCAUUAGGAAGUCAUCAGACUGCAGCCCCCAGGCACAGCCUUUAGAAAUGCUUCACAUCCACUAACUCAAAAUGUCCCAGAGCAAAUAACCAACCUCCCUCUUCUAAUCCGAGAGGUGGUUUUUCCUCCCGUGGCUCUAGAAGCCUUGUGCCUUCCUCAUAACAACAAUCUCCCUGUUCUAUAGUGUCGCAAUGGCCCAUUUUUAAACUUAACAGAAAGGGAAAGGUGCAAAAUCAUUCUCCCAAAGGAGAUGCAUGUAGUUAGUUUAUAGAACUGAAAGGUGGGGUUAAAAAUCUUCCACCUCUUUCUUAGUCAUGACUUCUUGUCUUUCUUUAAACCAAAUUCCUAGAUUAAAAUAGAGAUAUAAUUUAGGUAAUAUUCACAGAAUGAGGACUCUUUUAGAACCCAAACAAGAAGACAACACUGGAAACUAACACACAAACCAAAAAAACCCACUCUGGCAAAAGAUAUGAACAGCUCGAAUUUGUACUGCUGAGCUAGCCGUUCCUUAUAAGGGCUCACUCUCUGUGGUGCAGUAUUUGCAUGUGUAAAGACAGAACUAGGUACUAAGGACUUCACUGAACUAUGCUUUGUGAAUUAUGGAUUACAGCCUGGGUAAUCUUUCCCACUUAAUUUUAGUUUUGUUUUUCAGUUAACAAGCAUUUGGUUUUCUGGUUUUUCCCCCCUCUCUCCUACCAUGCUAUUGAAUGCACGCGAAGAGGUGGGGAAAGGAGGAACAAAGUACUACAAGAUAUGAAGAAAUUUAAAAACAAAAUAAAACCUUAUAACAUAAGAAGCAUAGUCACGUAAAACCAAUCCCCACAUUGACCCGGACUAAAAAUGUCUCCUUCUGUCCAUUACUUCUCCAUAAGAAGGUGGGCAACACACUGCUAGUUUUGGAAUUUUGGAAAAUGAAAAUGAACACAUGGUAUAUAGAUUUCCCUGCUUUUAAGUUCAUAAACAAAAGUCUCAACAGCCCCAUUUCUCACUGGUAUCCAAGUCCCUCUACUUUAGAAACAUACUGCAAGUAAAUUAAAUGUCUUCUCCCUGGGGUUGGGCCAAAGCUCCACAGACUGAGUUUUGGGUUAAUGGACUAAGAUGUUCUUGAUGUCCAAUAAUAUUCCCACUUUUCACUGGCUCCAUCUUUCUCCCUCUAUAAAAGAUAAUAUGUUAUAAGUCAUUAGGAAUGGACUUUAUUAAUGUUGAUUCUUUUAAAAAAAACACUAUGAAGAGGUUUUUCUUUUUUUCUAAAUGAAAUUUGAUUUUUUUUCUUGUUGUAAGUGUGCUUCUUACUCCUUUUACAAGCAUCCAUGUUUUAAAUGCUCAACCUUGAACUUGGAAUUGUUCCAGGGUGUAUGAUAAGACAGGCUUUUGCUUGGCAGCUUGCCCUCAUCAAGCUGCAAAUCCAGAAGGAAUCAGGAAUGGCCCAUCCCUGAUGUCAUAGUGUCUGUAUGCUAUUUAUCUGGCCACAGAAAUUAUUUUUUUGUAUUCACCAGAAAUAAACUUUUAAAGAAAUAAACCUUUCUGAGGGUCUGAGAGAGAAUGUGUAUGAACAUAUGGAGUCCCAAGGGGAUGCUACACAGCUCUGUAAUCACCCAAACUUCAUAAGAAUGGGAUAAAGGAGACAGUGAUAAACACAAAAAUGUGUGAUUUUCAUCUAGGACCAUAGAAAACCAUCUAUCUCUGCCAUCAUCCAGUAGACAUCCAAAGGCAAAAAUAAAUGCUCAGAGAAGAUAUAAUUUCUUUCCUCUUGAAGCAGGAAAUUGAAAGCUCUUAUGGUGUUAAUUUUUGCCUUUCCAUCCAGAUCUUUGAUUUUAUCAUGAGUUCACCAUUAGAAACAUCCCUCCAUCAAUAAGAACAGAUCAUGGCUCUGCAACUCUUAGAGAAUGCCUUGGGUACUGAGCAAUUAAGUGACUUGCCCCGGGGUUAUACAGACACAUGUCAGAAGCAGGUUGUGCCCGGGUAUUCCUCUCAUAGUGUUGUUUGUAUUUUAACCUGGCUGAAAAGUUCUGCGGAUAACCAAAUCCCAAAUUUAUUUGUUUCCAUAAAUGAAAGAGGACCUGAAAUUGAAAGAGGUUUAAGAUUAAGUGAUUCUCUCAAGAGAGGUAAUAGUAAUUACAUCUUGAUCGACUGAAACUGCCCCUUUCCCCGGGGAGCUGAGGCAAAGUAGGUUCUUUCCAGUUACAUUUAGUGUCCUUAUUUCCUUCAGCCUUGGUGACAGUGUCAUAGACCUCUGGGAUUGCCUGCACAUAUCUUUCUGUCACUUGCAUUGCAGCAACUAAACACCUGGCUGCAGAAGACUCACCAUGAUAACCAGGAGAGUAUCAUUGGUCAGUGGUAGUAGCAUCUGGAUUGCUUUUCCCUCAACAUUUUUAGGCUAUCCAGCAAAUGUUAAGUCAAUGCCUCUAAGCCUUUGAUUUAGAAAAUGGGGGGGGGGGGGCAGCUAGGUGGUGCAGUGAAUAGAGCAGUGGCCCGGGAUUCAGGAGUACCUGAGUUCAAAUCCAGCCUCAGAUGCUUGACACUCACUAGCUGUGUGACCCUGGGCAAGUCACUUAACCCCAAUUGCCUCACCAAAAAAAAAAAAAAAAAGAGGGGAUGUUUGAGGAUUGCUUAGAAUUCACUCACUUGGAAAUGGGUAGGUAAUGCCUGGCACCCAGAGAGAUAAUUGGCAGGGCACUGACCCCUUGAGUUCAUUGAGGUAGUUUAUCAAACAUUAUUGGAUCAUGGGAUUUUAGAGCUGGAAGAAACCUUGGAGAUCAUCCAGUUGAGUGGUUCUCAAAUUUUUUGGUCUCAGGACCUCCUUACACUUAAAAAUUAUUUAAGACCCCUUUUUUUUUUCUCAAAAAUUAUUGAGAACUUUUAUUUAUGUGGAUAUACAUGUAUGUAUGUAAAUAUAGAGCAUUAAGAAUUUAAACUGAUAAAAUUUUAACGUUUAUAAACCCAUUUUAAAAUGCUAUUGCAUGUUAACUUUUUAUGAAAAAUAACUUGCAAAACAAAAAAUUUAGUGAGAAUGAAGUUGUUUUGCAUACUUUUGCAAGUAACUUUAAUAUCUAGCUUAAUAGAAGACAACUCGAUUUUUAUAUCUGCUUCUGCAUUCAAUCUGUUGCAAUACAUUAUUUUGGUUGAAGUAUAUAAAGAAAAUCCAACCUUACACAGAUGUGUAGAUUGAAAGGGGCGAAUUAUUUUAAUGGGCAAAAGACAGUGUUACUAUGAACAUGGUUUUGACCUCAAAAACACCCUGAAAGGGUCUCAAGGACCCAGGAGGCAACUGACUACUUUAUGAACGAUCCAUUCCAGCUCCCUCAUUUGUCAAGGAAGGGGAGUUACUUGUCUAAGGUCACACAAGUAGUAAAUAGUAGUUUCAGAAUAUGAAUCCAGGUCUUCUGAUUCCAAAUCCUGAGCUUCAUUAUUUUUUUUUAACUAUACCAAGCCUUACCCAACACUUAGCACCAUGAAGGCUGUAUAAAAGAAAUAUGUAACAUGGUCCCUGCCCUCAAGGAUCUUACUACCUGGUUGAGGAAAUAAAACUGACCAAAGUGAAACAAUCGAAGCAUAAUCAAGUGCUCAACUCUGUGGUUUUUAUUAUAAAUGAAAAGUCAAAAAAAAACAAAAAAGAUGAAAGAAACUCUGCCACAGGCUCCAGGCCACCUGGGAUUAGAGGCCUUCAUCACCACAACACCUUCCUGGUCUUCAUUAACAUUUAUAGAAAUUCUGUUCCUAUUCAGCCAUCCACCAGAGGAACAGGGAAUUAAGGAAUUCCUACACUUAGAAAAGGGCAUGUGGUGAUGGGGAGGACGUCAAAAUACGUUGUUUCAAACUGACUUCAUCAUAUUCAUCCCAGUCUUCAUUAUCAUAAAUCUUCACCAUUUCACCAGCAUUGCUGUGGUAAGUGCUACAUCUACCAAGGUUUCUGCCAUGAGAACUAGCCUAGGCUAGUUUUUCCUCAAGAAGCAAUAAAACCAUCCCAGAGACCAAAUUGGAUUUUUUUUACAUUUAAUUUUUUUCUCAAUUAAAUGUAGAAAAUUUUUAAUUUUAGUUUAAAAUUCUUUCCCCCCAUUCCAUCCCUCCAUACUCCUUGAGAAGGCAGCAAUUUGACAGACUGUACAUGUGCAGUCAUGCAAAACAUUUCCAUAUUCGCCAUGUUGCAAAAAAACCCAGACAGCCUUCCCCCCGCUCCAAAAAAAACCAACCCAAGAAUAAUAAAGAGGUUUUAAAAAGAGAUACUCCAAUCUGCAUUCAAGCUCCAUCAGUUCUUUCUCUGAAGGUGGAAAGCAUUUCUCUCAUAAAUUCCUCAGAAUUGUCUUGGAUCAUUGUAUUGCUGAGAAUAGCUAAGUUAUUCACAGUUGAUCCUAAUACAAUAUUGCUAUUACUGUGCACACUGUUCUGGUUCUGCUCACUUCACUUUGCAUCAGUUCAUGUAAGUCUUUCCAGGUUUUUUCUGAAAACAUUCUGCUUGUCAUUUCUUAUAGAACAAAAGUAUUCCAUCACAGCCAUAUACCACAAAUUGUUCAGGCAUUCUCUAGUUGAUGGGUAUACCUAUUGUAUUUUGAAGGAAAUGAAUUAUAUUGAAAUACAGUUAUUAAAAAUAUUCAAAAAAUAAGUAGUCCUUUCUCAGGUUAAGACCUGUUCUUUUAACAUUUCUUACUUCUAUUCCCUUCUCUUCACUCAAAAGGUUAUUAUCAUCCUAGUUCAAGCCUGCAUUAUCCUUUACUUGGUGUACUGUAAGAGCCCCCCUCCCCCAACUGGUCUUUUCUCUGCAAUCCAUCAUUCACACAGCUGCCUUUCUAAAGUAAACUUCCUCAGACACACAUCUGACCAUGUCAUUCCCCU